CUUUUCUUUAACAUGUCGACCAUCAGUCGAAUAUGGCAGUCACGGAGCGCCAGAUUGGUUAUACAGAUUUAAAGGAAAGGUUCCUUGGCCUCUGUUCCCUCGUAAAUAUUUUUUUAUUGGCAUGUUGUAAAACACAUCCCGCAUGUGGGUUCUGUUGAUUAGCCUACUUGGCAAUGGUGCUCGGUUGAAAUAAAUGAGGUCUCAUCACAUCAUCUUCUUGAUCUGUUGAUCAGUGGAGGAUCCAUCGUCAGCGCUGAGGCAGUAUGGGAUCAUGUCACCAUGGCCGACAGGGAGUUGGCAUUUAAGGCGGGGGAUGUAAUCAAGGUCCUCGAUGCAUCAAAUAAGGACUGGUGGUGGGGACAGAUUGACGAUGAAGAAGGAUGGUUCCCAGCCAGCUUUGUGAGGGUUGAACCCCACCCACCACAACCUCAAACAAAACAGGUUUUCUAUAUCAACCCUAUAGCAYCUCCAAGGUUCCAAAACACGACUACCAAGCUGUGGGUGAACCAGGAGGAGAACACGGCGGUAGAGACGGUUGAAGGUGCUAGCCCCAGCCCCAGUGAGGUCCAGAACGGCCAUGCGGAUGCCAGCCCCAGCAGCAGCGACUGCUUGUGCCUGGGCCAGCCCGCCCAGGACAGAGACCAGAUGAGGGCCAACAUAAUCAAUGAGAUUAUGAGUACAGAGCGUCACUACAUCAAACACCUGAAGGACAUAUGUGAGGGUUACUUCCGGCAAUGUAAAAAAAGAAGAGACAUGUUCAACGAUGACCAGUUGAGGGUCAUAUUUGGGAACAUUGAAGAUAUCUAUAGAUUUCAAAUGGGCUUUGUCAGAGACCUGGAGAAGCAGUACAAUACAGAAGAACCUCAUCUCAGUGAAAUAGGUCCCUGCUUCCUAGAGCAUCAAGAUGGCUUUUGGAUAUAUUCGGAGUACUGCAACAACCACGUGGAUGCCUGCAUGGAGCUCUCUCGACUGAUGAAGGAUGGCCGCUAUCAGCAUUUCUUCGAGGCGUGUCGCCUUGUGCAGCAGAUGAUUGACAUCGCCAUUGACGGUUUCCUGCUCACGCCCGUCCAGAAGAUCUGCAAGUACCCUCUGCAGCUGGCAGAGCUGCUCAAGUACACUGUACAGGAGCACAGUGACUACCGUUAUGUCGCUGCAGCGCUGGCCGUAAUGAGGAAUGUCACUCAGCAGAUUAACGAGCGGAAGCGUCGCCUGGAAAACAUUGAGAAGAUAGCACAGUGGCAGGCGUCUGUGCUGGACUGGGAGGGGGAUGAUGUUCUAGACAGGAGUUCAGAGCUGGUCUACACUGGGGAGAUGUCAUGGAUCUACCAGCCGUAUGGGCGGAGUCAGACUAGGGUCUUCUUCCUGUUCGACCAUCAGAUGGUUCUGUGUAAAAAGGACUUGAUACGACGAGACAUUCUGUACUACAAGGGCCGCAUCAAUAUGGACAGGUACAAUGUAGUUGAUGCUGUAGAUGGGCGGGAUGAUGACUUCAACGUGAGUGUGAAGAACGCGUUCAAGCUGAGUAAUAAGGACUCAGACGAGAUCCACAUCUUCCUGGCCAAGAAGCUGGAGGAGAAACUUCGCUGGCUCAGAGGUUUCCAUGAGGAACGCAAGAUGGUGCAAGAGGAUGAAAAAAUAGGGUUUGAGAUAUCAGAGUAUCAGAAGCGGCAAGCGGCAAUGACAGUGCGAAGAAUGACCAAACAGAAAGGCCAUAGGUCUGUGCCCCCUGGAUACCCCCCUCCUAUGGAUCCCAUGAAUCCAGGACAGUACUUAGUAGGAGACAGCUUGGAACAAUCAGAAUUUGAAUUCCCUGAACCUGAAAGGUGCAAGUCUCCCUUCUGGCAGAGCUUCAGCAGGUUAACCCCCUUUCGGAAAUAGAGACGAGAUAGUUUAGAAAGACCACCUUAUUUUUUUUAGAAGCACCGUUCUAAUUCAAUUGGGACUUUUUUAAAGGGAAAUCUGAACACAAUAGUAUUUGGACCCAAGAGUAUUUGGAUUGUCAAACAUUUAGCUUGUGAGCAUCUCAUUAAUGACUGUACUGUUAUAAUCACUUUACCUGUAUGAGUGCAAUGACAACUAGCAACACAACUACCACAGUGAACCACACCUUUGGAUCCUGAGAAACCAAAACACCUUCCUAUCUCCUGAACUGUGAGAAUGUUUUUGUGACCUCAACUAAUCCUUGGACAAUGGAAAAGGGAAUCGCAGGUUUCAAGAAAGAACAAACUGAACAUUACUUUUGUGUCCACAUUUAAAAACGAGGAAGCGCUAGUCAUACAUUGAUCUUUAUGCCAAAUCUGGUUGUGUCCUACAGUUCACUGUGACCUUAAUGGGCAUUUUAUAGGUUUCUCUUCUUUUAUUUUCUUGUUUUUGUUAAAAUGUAAAAUGCUGACCAAAUGCAUCAAUCUUGUAUUGUUUUUGUUAUUAUUUAUUAACAUUUAAUUUUUUUAAAUUUGUAAUGCAUGAUGAAGUCCAAUACAGGUGUUCUAUGUGCAAUUAUAUUCUUACGGGUCAAAGGAAAAGAGAAUCAGCAUCAUCAACUUCAAUGUGACUCAUUCAUAUACUUUACAUCUUGUUGUUUCCUCUAGGAUCUUCAGUCUGAUAGGAAUACCAUCUUGAUUUGUUCUCCUAAUCGUCAUUCACACUGAUUUUACAUAACKAGGAGGGAAGUUUGAGACCUGAUAUUACAGUAUAUUCAGCUAUCAUAUAGUAUAUUGCUUUCUUUACCAUCUUACAGUUAUUGUAUAAUACUAUGUGGUUAUAGUUGCACUUACAUAAGAUGCACCUGUGAUUUCUUCAGGUAGAAGAGUCUGCUAGAAUGCCCUUCAACCAAGUCAUUCAACAAAGAUUGCGAUCUCAGAGUCGAACAUAGGCUUACCAUUCAAUUUGACGAUAGUUACAGGAAAUAACCAUGGUUAAUGCCAAAUCCAUUGGAUUUAUUUUCAUGUGAUGUUCAUUGUUGAUAGUGAGAGCUUUAUUGCUUAGGACAAGAAAAGAAUACCACUUUGUUUAAAAGGUAGCCAAACUACAGUAAAAACAUAUUGGGAAUCAUUUUCCUGGGGUGGCUUUCAUAGUGCCAGCACAAUGUUAUGACAUUACUGAUUUUACACCUGUUAUUUCAGGUUUAAGUCUUCACUUCUGCCACCAGGCUUAGAUGAAGCAGGAGAUGGGGGAUGUUUCAGGGGGUUUCCAGUGGGUUUUCUAGGCAUUAUGAUGGCAACUUCAAUCAAAAAGUUUUGCCAGAAUUGAAAAAAUGCAAAGGGAAGGCUGGUGGUCAAGCUUGUUAUCUAUAUUUAUAUUUAAAGGUUAAAAACAAUUUUUAAAAGGAUAUUUAUAUGCCUAAAAAAUUAACUAGGAUUUAAUACAUUGCACUAAAUACAGUGUAAAAGUGCAAUAUGAAAGUGUGCAGUAAUAUUGAAAGACAAAACGCUUUUAAUAUUAAGGCAUUUAUCUUGAUGAUCUAUGUAUGGAGCAUUCAUAUAUUUUUAAUAAAGUGCAUUAUAAUGAAAACAAACGCUUAAAUAUCGAAUUCUUAAGUUGUUUUUAUUUUGUUUUUUGUUUUUAUCAAUAAUUAUGGAUGAUUUAUCAUUCAUUCUGUGACUAUGUCUUGGAAUAAAUCCAAAUAUGUCAACAUGACUGUUUCUUUCAUAGCUUAAGUUGUAAUGAACCCUGUUUGUUGUAAACAGAUGUGCAGUAACAUAAACUCCAAUGCAAUGGAUAAACACCAACAUCUGAUUUAAUUUAUCUAAAUGCCAGGUGUUGAUAUUUACUAUUUCCUCAAAGAAUCACCAUCUCUCCUUAUACUUUCCUCAUGAUGUACCAAAAGACAAGCACACCAACUUGUAAGAUAAAUAAUGUAUAAGAUCUACUAUUAAAGAAUAACCAUUGUGUGAAGAAAUCAA